AUCAGGGUUCAAGACAACUCAUCAGACAAAGCCAUCGCCAGGAGCAUGUGUCGUCUCAUCUGAUUUCACUGCUGCCUACACCUCAACAUCACUCCUGCGAACAUACGAUCUCUUCCCUCACCUGAACAAACUUGCGUCGGUAACCUUCAACAACAUGGCCUCCAAGCGAGACCGUACUCCUUCGCCUGUCUCCCCACUCAAGCCAUCUGAUGCCCCUCCCGAAUCUCCAACGACUGCUCGUGCAUUGGACUUUGAUAGCGAUCAAGAGACCGGUACCAUCGCCACCGACAAGACCCCCAACCCUCCCCCGAAAGAUGAACCACUCCCACCAGCGAAGCCCCAACGGCCUCUCAGCCCUCGUGAACAAGCCGAGCAGACUUUGAGAGAGGCGUUUCCUUCUAUUGAUCCCGGUGUCGUAAAAGCCGUACUCUCAGCCAGCGGCGGCAACGUCGAGCCUGCGUUCAAUGCUCUCCUGGGAAUGACGGACCCAGACUCUCAGCGGGAGCCGGAUCCACCAUUGCAGCCUCCUCGCCCAAUACGGCCACAACAGCAACCUCAUGUCCCGGGAAAGAUGAGCCAAUUGGAGUCCGACGAGCUCUAUGCCAGACAAUUGGCGGAGCAUUACAGCGGUGCCGGGUCUGGGCCAAGACGUUCUGGGGAUCGGUACAAUGAACAUCUCCCAGGGUCAAGACCCGGUCGACCAGGUUCUAACCCAAACCCAGAUGAUGUGCCAUGGCGCAGUUUCAUUGAUGAUGACCUCCCUGAGAUUCGUGACAAUAUACGUAAAGGAUUUCAAGAGACUCAGAAAACUGUCAAUAGUUGGAUCACUGCGCUGAAGAAGAACUUUGACGGCGAAGAAGACGACGGAUAUCGACCCCCACAGCCUCCUCGACCGGGUCAACAGCAGGCAGCAUCGGGGUUUCAAUCAACAAAUGCAUAUCCCAACCGUCGGAGUGCUGAUAUGCGACGAUCGGCCGACCUUCAACGAUAUGAUGCCGAUCCUCAAUUGAUUGGUGAUGAUUUUUCCAAGCUUGAAUUGCGAGACGGAGAAGCACCUCCACGCACAUCAAGUCGACCUACGGCUAACCCAAACUUGUUCAAGUCAGGAGGCGCUGGUGAGAGACGGCCAUCGCCUGGCAAUGCCCGAAAGGUGUCAUUCCAAGAUGGCCCGCCUGAAGAAAUCAAGGAUAUGUACUCAGCAAACUCUGACGCUGCGCCGCCGUACUCCAGUGUUCCAGCGGCGCCUGGUUCAGGGGGCAAGACAAGCAAAUGGCAGCCCAUGUCCAAGAUUGACCCAAGCCCUGUGGCCGAUAAUGAUCCGUUCAGUCUAGGUGACAGUGAUGAGGAGAAGGACGCCAAGCCGAUAACGCUCAAGGAUGGAGAUGUGGCAGCUGCUGGGGCUGAUGCGGCAGGAUCUAAGAAAGAUUUGGAUGAGGACGAGAGAGUCAAGAAGGCGACGGAAGACGCGCUCAAGGAAAGCAUUGGGGCGGACACCAAGUCAUGAUUGACCAAGCCCUGUUCUAUGACCAUGAACGAAGCCCAAGGUGCAUGGGCGUCAAUCCACAACGAUCGGGGGCCGAGGCGUAGUGGAGGACAGGGGCACAGCUCCCUGGACGUGGUGCUAUGUAUCAAAGCGUGGAUUCCCAUCUAUGACCCAUUGCGUUUUAUUUGCAGCGAUUGUGUUGCUAAAGUCUUCUUACAUUUUCCACAUCAGCGGCCUUUCCCGUACUUCCCACAGCAUCC